AUGUACGUCUUAAUCAAUUCCGAAAGGCAUAAAGAUAAAGUCUUUAAAUUUGCGGGCCAACACCGAAUUAAUUGGCAUUUUAUACCACCAUUAGCGCCACAUUUUGGAGGUCUAUGGGAGUCCUCAGUGAAGUCAUUUAAACAUCAUUUUAAACGUGUUGUAGGAGAUUGUUUAUUUACUUUCGAAGAAUUGAAUACGUUUACUAUUGAAGUCGAAGGCAUAUUAAAUUCUAGACCGAUUACUUCAAUCUCUUCGGAUCCAAACGACUUGUUGGUAUUAUCUCCUGCACAUUAUUUGAUUGGAAAACCCAUAACAUCAUUACCAGAAGAAAAUUUGGUUUCUAUUCCGAUUACCCGCUUAUCUUCUUGGCAACAUAUUAUGAAAGUACGUCAAGAUUUUUGGUCACGGUGGAGUCUUGAAUACUUAAAUGAACUUCAGACACGUAAUAAGUGGAUUAAAAAUGGGCCAAAACUUGAUGUUGGAACAGUUGUCCUUUUAAAGGACAAGAAUUUACCCUGUACUAAAUGGUCUUUGGGCAGGAUUACUAAAAAAUCUCCUGACGAAGAUGAACACGAGCUAGAAAAAGUGUCACAACGCGGUGACAAGGAUAGCAACUCCUUAUGGGAAGCACUCAAGGAAGCAAUGACGCAAACAGCCAAACAGAACAUGCUUCCUCGAGUAAGCAGGAAGAACUUCAUCACGCCGGGGACGGAUGAUGUCAUCCUCAAGAGACGGGAACUAAAAAAGAAGAGAUUAAGCUCAGAGAACGAGCAUGAGCAAUACUCACAAUUGAACCGUGAAGUACAGAGACGAUGCCGAAGUGACAAAAACGCAUAUAUUAACGACAUAUGCGUCGAACUAGAGCGUCACUCAGUUAAAGGCGAAAUCAAGUCUCUCUUCUGCAAAGUUAGAGAACUAACGAAGCAACGAAGUCCCAGGACCUGGGUCAUUGAGGAUGACAGCGGACGAGCAAUCAGCGAGGUGGAGGAGAUCCUGGAGCGGUGGAGACUGUACUGUGAAAAUCUGUACGACUCAGAAGAACGCUCUCACAAAACACAGUGGAAUCAAGUCGAACAAGAACCGAUCAUCCUUAUGGCAGAAAUUGAGCAGGCAAUCAACGCCUUGAAGAACGGCAAGGCGCCAGGACUCUCUGCCCUCAGUCAUCUUAACCUGCUCGACCCCAUGACUGGGUUCAGGCCUGGGAACAGCACCCAGACUGCUCUGGUCAGGCUGACGGAUGACGUCAGACUGGCCAUUGACAAGCGGCAGGUCACCCUGCUAAUACUUUUCGAUUUUUCCAAGGCCUUUGACUCGGUCUGCCAUGACCUCCUCCUACGAAAACUGGAAGGUUUCUGUCUCUCGCGCUCGGCACUGGACUGGUUCCGCUCAUAUCUCUCCGGCCGCGCUCAGAGGGUCCGCGGGUCGCGGGAUGAGUGGUCGUCAUGGGCUCCGGUGCUGGCCGACGUUCCUCAGGGUUCCGUCCUAGGUCCCCUCCUCUUCAUACUGUUUAUUAAUGACUUGAGGCGGACCCUCAGGUUCUGCAGGCACAUCCUCUAUGCCGACGACCUGCAGAUUUAUCUCCACUUCGACCCUAGCGAUCUCGAGGACGCGACUGCAAAAUCACAUUGCGUUUUUAAUAUGAAAAUUUGGAAGUGUUUUAUGAUAGACAGUGACGAGAGGGAUAAUGCAUGGAUGGCAGGUCUACCUCAGAGGGUGGCGGCUGAGGAUCGUCGGCAAUUCCUGAAUGAUCUCAAUAGCGACGAUGAUGAUGACGACAACGACGACGACAACGACGAUGGCAACGAAGCGAGGGCGAGGAUGCCUCCGUGUGUGGCGGUAAACCCACAGUUUGAGGUGCCUUGGGACGCGAGGACGCCUUCGCGAAGUCCGCGGGAGGAUGCAAACCCGCGGGAGGGCCCACGGGAGAGCCCGCGUGAGACGUCGGGGGACAGCAGCGCGAGGAGCUCGCAAGAGAGCUCGCGGGAGGAGGUUAAUUAUUUGCACUAUAUAGGCGGUUUCAACUUAAAAGAAACGGUAAAUCUUUGUCUAAAGGAGGCUUUGAAGGAUUCGUUGACACCGUCAUUUACAUGGUGGGGGAGCCGCGAAGGACGACCAUUAUAUUGCACUCGGUUAAUUGUUGCGAUUUACGAAGCCGUAUGCAAAAACCGACACUUUGAGAAACCGACUCGUUCAGAGUUUCAAACCCAAGCGAAGGAAGCUCUCCGGGCUGCGAAAGAAAGGGCUAGGAACAAGUUGCGGGGUCCACGUGCGCGAAUGCCGAGGAAUCGCCAUUUUUGGGACGAUCAACCGUUGGAACGAGAACAAGAAGAGGCCUUACAGGUACGCCUGCAGAAGAGGUUGCUAAUGUCCACCAAUGUAGCAAACAAUGAGCUCGAGACUACUGCAGCGUCGAAUAACCACAGAGAAAGAAAAAGGAAGAAAUAUUUAUCGGCAUUUUUCAAUGCCAAUAUCAGUCUCAGUAGAUACUAUAAGCUGUACGAAGAAGCUUUCGGUCCCAACUCGAUGUUUAAAAUCGAUUCAAAUAAUUGUUAUAUCCAUCAGUUAUAUCCAGUGAUACCGGAAACAGGCCGUGGUUCACUUGUAGAGCAGAUGGAAAUAGUACAAAACGUUCAGCCUGGGUAUAAAUAUCCCCUCGAAACGAGCCGAUGCAAGCCACUUGCACUCUGGCAAAUAAAUCAGUACCCAUUCAUCCUGGAGCCUACUCAAGGAGGAAUACCGUGGAGGCUAAUUCCGAUUGACCUCUCACCGUCUCCUCCAAGAAAACACGAGGUGAAGGAGCCUUGGAUUCUCCACCCGCUGGAUCUAUCACCGCCAGCUAGGGAGAGACCGCCGAGGAGCUGCCUACAUCCUGUGGACCCAAGGAUCGCCGGAUACAACUCACCGAGCAUCGCAGAACAACGGAGAAAGGAAGCCAUAUCCAUCGCAGAGGACGAUAAAUUUUGGAAGAGACUGGAAAACACCAAGGCGACGCAGACGGAGAAAACCAUCGACCAAGAGGAAACCAGCCUCCUCUUUGCCGACAGAGUCCUAGGAGGUAAAACUGUCGCCUGCAAUAGAGAACAGGCGUUGAGACGGAUAACUCAGCAAGACGUCAAGAAUUAUAUUCCCGAUCGUUAUUUCGUCAGAGGAAAGAAAUACUUUCGGCACGGAAUGGUGCGCAUCGUCGAGACGUCCAGCGAACGUGCACAGGCAACGGAUGGCGCGGACAAUCGCGUCGCCGAGGCGAGAGUUGUGGGUAACGCGGUGUAUCGAGUGAAACUGUGGUACAGGAGGAGGAACGAGCAGGGUCAUCCGCCGUUCACUCUGGACGGACGAUGCAAUUGUCCGGCGUUCGCGGUUCACGUAUUAACGGCGGGGCGUGCAAAAUUUAUCGAUAGUGUCAAUUACAUGCCGAUGCGUUUGUCGGAAUUGCCGAAAGCCUUCGGAUUGCCGGAUACUUGCGGUAAAGGCGUCUUCCCACAUUUGUUCAACACUAUCAAUAAUCAGAUGUACGUUGGCCCGAUGCCUAAUGUUAAAUAUUACGCGCCCGAAACAAUGCAAGCGCAGGAGCGCGAACGUUUUCUCGCGUGGCACGCGGAAAUGUCGAGUAAAAACACCGUAUUCGACUUUCAGCAUGAAAUACUCGAAUAUUGUCGAACCGACGCCAUUAUUCUUCGUCGUGCAUGCAUGGCGUUUCGAAAGAUAUUUCUAGAACGCGGCAAUGUGUGUCCUUUCGUGGAAUGCACGACUAUCGCCUCGACGUGCAUGAGAGUUUUUUGCGAGAACUUCUUGCGCAAAGAGGUGAUAGGGAUCAUUCCGAUGGGAGGAUACAAGUAUAAAGAUAAGCAGUCGCGCAAAGCUAUUCAAUGGCUAGUUUUGAAGGAACGCGAGUUGGGCCGACGUAUAAUCCACGCUGGACACGGAUGGCAACAUCGUUUAACGGAGGGCAUGCGCGUCGACGGGUAUUAUGAGUGUGAUAAUAAUAACGGCGAAACGCAACGUCACGUGCUACAAUUUCACGGUUGCUCUUUUCACGGGUGUACAACUUGCUAUAGGGUUAACCGCGAAAAAACACCGAAGCCGAAAGAUACGUACGACGACCGCUUUGAACGAACGCUUGCAAUAACAGCGCAAUUACGUCGCAAAGGCUACAUCGUGACGGAAAAAUGGGAAUGUGACUUCGACAAAGAAUUGCGCGAGAAUCGCGAGAUGCGCGAAUUUGUCGAAAACCAUCCGAUGAUAAAAAUCGCUCCGCUCGAUCUUCGUAACGCAUUUUUCGGCGGUCGCACCGGUAAUGUCAUGACCCGUUACGAGACCUCGGGCAACGAGAAAAUACAUUACGUGGACGUAUGUUCUCUGUACCCGUACGUUCUCAAGACCGGAGUUUUUCCAAUCGGACAUCCCGAUAUCUUCGUCGGCGUUGAGUGUACCGAGUUGAUUGGAUCAGCACCGGAUUUCGACUUCUCGCGAGUCGAAGGGCUCGUGCGCUGUCGGGUACUCCCUCCGCGAGAUCUUUUCCAUCCGGUAUUACCGUAUAGGGUAGGCGGAAAAUUAUUAUUUGCGCUUUGUCGUACAUGCUGCGAAGUAUUUUCUCGCGCAGUGUGCACUUACGACGACCCCGCGGAACGUGAGCUCGAGGGUACGUGGGUGUCCUGCGAAUUGCGUAAAGCAAUCGAGAAAGGUUAUCUCGUGACGAGAGUAGACGAGAUCUGGCAGUAUAAAAGUACGCGCUACGAUCCCGGUACACGGGAAGGCGGGCUGUUUGUCGAAUAUAUCAACACUUUCUUACAGUUAAAACAAGAGGCGAGUGGGUGGCCGAGCAAAUGCGAAAACGACGAUGUUGCUAAAGAGCGAUACCUUCGGGAAUAUGAAUCGACUGAGAGUAUUGCUCUUAAUAAAAGCAGCAUCGCGCGAAAUCCCGGAUUACGCUCAGUCGCCAAACUCUGUCUCAAUUCGUUUUGGGGAAAAUUCGGCCAACGAAACAACCUACCGAAUACCGAGAUAGUAAAAACUCGUCAACAUCUCGCGGAAUUACUGUCAAGCCCGGAAUACGCGGUAACCAGCAUAUUGCCCGUCAAUGACGAGGUGAUGUAUGUUUCGUGGCGGUUGAGAGACGAGGCGGUAAUACCGUCACCAAUGGCAAAUGUGGUCAUCGCGGGGAGAGCGCUAGAGGCACCAGCCGCUACAGGGACAGUGGACCGCGAGUACGAGGCAGAAGCUGUGCAUCCAAGCUGUAGUAUAGACGUGAGGCAGGGCGGUAGAGUAAAAUCUAGAACGAGUGUGAUCGAGGAAGCGAUUUUCGUGGCUGAAACAUCUUGUAUUAAUAAACGAGGAAUUCAAAGCUAA